CCCCGCUACGGCCCGCGCAAGGCCUGGCACCUGGUCGGCACCGUCUGCGUCCUGCUGUCCUUUCCUUUCAUCUUCAGCCCCUGCCUGGGCUGCGGGGCGGCCACGCCCGAGUGGGCUGCCCUCCUCUACUAUGGCCCGUUCAUCGUGAUCUUCCAGUUCGGCUGGGCCUCCACACAGAUCUCCCACCUCAGCCUCAUCCCGGAGCUCGUCACCAAUGACCAUGAGAAGGUGGAGCUCACAGCACUCAGGUACGCGUUCACCGUGGUGGCCAACAUCACCGUCUACGGCGCCGCCUGGCUCCUGCUGCACCUGCAGGGCUCGUCACGGGUGGAGCCCACCCAGGACAUCGACAUCGGCGACCAGCUGGGGGGCCAGGACGUGCCUAUGUUCCGGAACCUGUCCCUGCUGGUGGUGGGUGUCGGCGCCGUGUUCUCACUGCUGUUCCACCUGGGCACCCGGGAGAGGCGCCGGCCGCACGUGGAGGAGCCGGGCGAGCACACCCCCCUGUUGGCCCCCGCCGUCGCCCAGCCCCUGCUGCUCUGGAAGCACUGGCUCCGGGAGCCGGCUUUCUACCAGGUGGGCGUGCUGUACAUGACCACCAGGCUCAUCGUGAACCUGUCCCAGACCUACAUGGCCAUGUACCUCACCUACUCCCUCCACCUGCCCAAGAAGUUCAUUGCGACCAUUCCCCUGGUGAUGUACCUCAGCGGCUUCUUCUCCUCUUUCCUCAUGAAGCCCAUCAACAAGAGAAUCGGGCGGAACAUGACCUACUUCUCGGGCCUCCUGGUGAUCCUGGCCUUUGCUGCCUGGGUGGCGCUGGCGGAGGGGCUGGGCGUGGCCGUAUACGCAGCGGCUGUGCUGCUGGGUGCUGGCUGUGCCACCAUCCUCGUCACCUCGCUGGCCAUGACAGCUGACCUCAUCGGUCCCCACACGAACAGCGGAGCGUUCGUGUACGGCUCCAUGAGCUUCUCGGAUAAGGUGGCCAACGGGCUGGCAGUCAUGGCCAUCCAGAGCCUGCACCCUUGCCCCUCGGAGCUCUGCUGCAGGGCCUGCGUGAGCUUCUACCACUGGGCGAUGGUGGCCGUGACGGGCGGCGUGGGCGUGGCCGCUGCCCUGUGUCUCUGCAGCCUCCUGCUGUGGCCCAUCCGCCUGCGACGCUGUGAGUCCUGGUGCACCCCUCCCUCCCCAGAGACUGACCACACCGGGGUAGGGGUGGGCGUGGGCCGCACCCCACCCUCCCUAAUGCCAUUUCCACCCCUCCCUUGCAGGGCACCCUGA